AUGGGGGUGAAUGCGGUUGACAUUGAGGAUGAAGAGGAGGAUGAGGAUGAAGAAGACAACGAAGACUCAGACGACCAUGGUGGAGGCGAGGUUUACGAGGUCAAAACAAAAACACGCUCUUUAUAUCACAUUAUCGAGGGCAUACUCAUCGUAUUACAUAUUCAAUCUUCCACGCCCGCAUCUCCUCCGAUCGACGAAGCGGGCGAGGAGCAGGAUCCGCUAUCAGUGAAUGGAAACGGCAAAGACGGUGCUGGUAAAGCGCAGGCCAGUGCUGAAGUAGCUGAUCAAUGUCCCCGACAAAAUUUGUCGGGGGUUGGCGUCACGCCUUCAGAACAUAUGGAGCUGAUCGCACUGACGGGCUGGAUCAAAGACAAGUGUGCAAUGUCUUCUGCAACACCAGAAUCGGCUUCAAUCUCGUCAACAAAGUCAGAAUGUCGCCAGUUGACAGGUCUGACGACACAGAAACUCCCGCUGAAGACCCCGAGAAUAGCCGUUUCAGAGUUAAACGCAGGCGGAAGCAUGUCAGCUCAUAUAUCUGGCUUGGAAAAGUUUGUCAGGACGAGGAAACGACGGCAAUGGACCGCAGAAGCGUAUUCUGCUCAAGAGGGACGAGAAGACACGACAACAGAUGUCGUUGCUGCCCGGCAUUGUUUGUCCCACGGGGUGGCUUCAUGA